CUUUUAAGUCUGCAUUUUUUUUCCAGUCGCAGAUGAAGACCCGCACAAGAAACAGUGAAGACUCUCUCUCUCUCUUCUCAUUUUCUCCGUCUAGAAAACCUUUCAGAUCCGAAACCCUAAUUUCACUUUCUUCCCUUUUACUCUCUCACCUUUUAAGCUCUAUACUCCAUCUUUUUGUGCACCCUAAUUUCUCUGAAGAAAAGCUUCUUCACUGAUAGCUUUGACUCCCCCUUACAUGGACUGGUUUCACCUGAGUCACUCUGAAAUUUCCCACCUUUAUUUGGAGGAAGCUUGUGAAUCUUUAACUAGGGAUGGUUUUGUGGGGCUAUUUUGAUUGAGAGAAACAAGGGUAUUUUAGUUGACAGAAAGGAUUAUACCUUGGAAGAAAGAGUUGAUGAGAUGGAAUUUCAGAUAUUCAUGGUGUGAAUGGAGUUGUUUGAUAAAUUUGAUUUACAAGUGAACGAUUUGCAAAGUCUUUAACUGAUGGCCGCAUCUGGGGUACCAGCUAAUGGUAGGAAGAAUAUCUCUGUUCAAGUUAAUUCUCAGACACCAGAACCCACUGUUUGUAACAAUGCCACUGCAUUGGCUGGAAGCCCCCGAAUUACUCAACCUGGUUCUUUAAAAGUAUCUCAUAAACCAGGCAUUGGCCCAACUGUUAAUGUGCAGAACUUAUCAGAGCAAGCUCAGAGAGUUGCAGGUCAUCAAGGUAGUCCUCGGAAAACUUCACAGAAAGGCACCCAUGUUCUUCACUUGUCUGAAGUUGGUUCCUGCAGGGGGCCAUCUCAGAAACACGCAACUCGUGAUUUGAACACAUUGCCUUCUCCUAAAGGAAGUAAAGCACAACCAGUUCCUAUAAAAUUCACCUUAAAAUCAGGUAAUGGGGCUCCUUCGAAGCUGGUUUCGACAAAUCUGGCAAAAGAGGUGAAACCCAAUUCACAUCUUGGGGUGCCUAAUCAAACAACCAAGGCUUUGGAGGCCAACCAUUCAAAUAACUCAGGUCUUUCCGCUGGUAGUUCCUCAGGGGAGUUUGCUUUAACCGAGUCUUUAUCAUCUAAUUCGAUUAAUGGGAAGCUUCAGACACCAGAUGCUGGUUCAGAUUCUCAGACUGAGACUGCAGAUGAGUCUCCUUUUAAAGAUUUCAAAGAAAGUUAUGGCCAUGUUGAUGAUGGUUUGAGUUCUUCUUUCACCAGUAAUCAGACCACCCCAUCUGAUGGUUCCGGCAAUGUUGUUCAACCUACAGAUGGCAAUGGCGUUAAGGAGAGCUUUGUAACUGCCAAAGUUAGUGAUGGGACUAGCAGCAUCGCUAAGACUAGCGGGAGCACCAAAGUCAGUGAUGGUCGAGCUGAUUUUAAUGAGAGUGGGAAGAGCAGUAUCUGUCGUGAUAGCACUUGCAGUGAUGUUAGCGAUGAGAGUAGUUGUAGCAGCUUUAGUAGCAGUAUAAACAAGCCCCAUAAGGCAAAUGACUCAAGAUGGGAAGCUAUACAAGCAGUCAGGUCACGAGAUGGAGCAUUGGGUUUGAGCCAUUUUAGGCUUCUUAAGAGGUUAGGGUGUGGUGAUAUUGGUAGUGUUUACCUAGCUGAGCUGAGUGGUACCAGGAGCUAUUUUGCCAUGAAGGUUAUGGACAAGGGGUCUUUGGCAAGCAGGAAGAAGCUCUUGAGGGCUCAGACUGAGAGGGAGAUAUUGCAAUCCCUGGAUCACCCCUUCCUGCCCUCUUUGUAUACCCACUUUGAGACUGAUAAGUUUUCGUGCUUGGUCAUGGAGUUCUGCCCGGGAGGAGAUCUGCAUACUCUUCGGCAAAGGCAACCGGGAAAAUACUUUCCAGAGCAGGCUGCAAGGUUCUAUGUGGCAGAGGUCCUGCUUGCGCUCGAGUACCUUCACAUGCUUGGCAUUGUUUACCGCGACCUCAAGCCUGAGAACGUCCUUGUUCGUGAGGAUGGACACAUUAUGCUCUCCGAUUUUGAUCUCUCUCUACGUUGUGCUGUCUCCCCUACCCUCCUCCUCAAAUCCAACAAUAAUGGAGACUCUGACGCCAAUAAGAAUGCAUAUUGUGUUCAACCCGCAUGCAUUGAGCCAUCUUGUGUGAUCCAGCCUUCUUGUGUCCAACCCACUUGCUUUGUUCCAAGGUUCCUCUCAAGCCGAUCAAAGAAAGAGAAGCCUGCAAAGCCCAGUAAGCCCAAGCCCGCAAAGCCUGAGAUCAACAACCAGGUGAGCCCACUGCCAGAGCUCGUGGCUGAGCCCACUAGUGCUCGAUCCAUGUCUUUUGUUGGGACUCAUGAAUACCUUGCACCCGAAAUUAUCAAAGGCGAAGGGCAUGGUAGUGCAGUUGAUUGGUGGACUUUUGGUAUCUUUCUCUAUGAGCUUCUCUUUGGAAAGACCCCUUUUAAGGGUUCAGGCAAUCGAGCCACUUUGUUCAAUGUGGUGGGUCAGCCAUUGAGAUUUCCUGAGUCGCCCACUGUGAGCUUUGCAGCCAGAGACUUGAUAAGAGGGUUAUUGGUUAAGGAGCCUCAGCAUAGGUUGGCUUAUAAGCGUGGAGCCACUGAGGUGAAGCAACAUCCAUUUUUUCAGAGCAUUAAUUGGGCUUUGAUAAGGUGCACAAGCCCACCUGAUGUGCCCAAGCCAUUUGAGAUGGAGGUCCAAUCUGCGAAGAUGGGCCCAGGCCCAGGCCCUACCGGCCCACCAGGUCCAAUGGUGGGGUCGAGUAGUGAGAAGAAGGGGGGCUCAGCUGCAGGGGUGGAUGUGAAGCCAUCAGGGAAUUAUUUGGAGAUCGAUUUCUUCUGAAACCAUGUAGUGACUAGUUUUCCUUUACCUGUUGUAUUUGCCAUUUUUUUCACUCUCGCCCUCUCUGUCCCCCAUAUUUUCUUCUUGUUGCCCAAUUCUAUUUGUGAAUGUAGACUUUCUUGUUUUUCUUGUUGGUGAUUUCUUGUUGGAUGGGGGGUUGGGAAGAGAUGGACUCUUGGGAAUGCAAUGGCUGUUGGGAUAAGCCGCCCCUCUUGUGUAAGCGCCUUGCAUUCUUUGCACCGGGCUUUGUAAAAGAACAAUAUGGAAAUGGCUUUUUCAAAAUCUCUUCUUCUUAGGGUUUAUGGGCGAUUAGGGUUUCUGUGGUAGUGUUCCUUUCCUUAAUUUCUCUCUCUCUCUCCCUCUCUCUCAUGCUGUGCAUUGCAUUCUCUUGUUUUCUCUAUCCUGUAAAAAGGGACACUGUAAAAUGUGCAUUUAUAGACAUGUAACCUCAGAUAUUGACAAUGGAUUGUCGAGAUGAACUUUACUUGA